AUGGCAAUAAAUAUGAAAUCAUUAACAUUACACCUUGUAUUUCUUUCUUUUAUAAUUUAUCAUGUUGUGGAAUGUGCAUUAACUAUAUUUUGCCUUGAAAAUUAUUUUGAUAAAAGUUUAUUAACUGCAUUAAAAACAAAUGACGUAUACAAAAAAGAAGUUUACUUUUUUGCUAAAUUUCUUUCCAUUAAUUCUCUUUUAUCAUGGAUUUUUGGUGUGAUUCCAUUUAUCUUAUUUAUCAUAACAAUAGUAUCAAACGUUAAAUUUCAUUUGAUGGGAAUUUUUUAUGUUGCUUCUACAAGAAUUCUUCCAAUUAUCAAUAAUAUUGUUUAUUUUUUAAUGAUUAAAGAAAAUUCUAAAAUAUCAUUUGGUUUUGUUAAGAAAUGUUUAGAAAAGAUAAAUAAAUUUAGAACAAUCAAUUAG